GGUGCACAGCCCUAUGCCCAAAUGUAUAAUUCAGGAGCUUGCAAUUGAGGAGAGCAGACCAAAUCAAUGGCGACUCCUGCAUAAAGUGACCAUUAGGCAAUGGCCAAGAUUUAUGAUGAUCAGGAGGUAACAGCGAAUAUUGAUAGCUCUGCGAAUGAAGAGCCUCGCAUCCCCCACAUUUGUCGCUGCAGCCGCAAAGUCUAUCUCAACUAUUCUUUAUCGGCUUGCAAUAGGACAGCUCUUGCUCACGGUGCACGUUGGCAUCGUUGCAACCCUGCAAGCUAUGCUGACCUCCACUGGUUGCCUAUCACGCUUUAUCGUGUGUAUGGUCCUUCAGCUGUCGUUCCUGUCUUCCAUGUAUCGAGGCCUGUUUGCAGAAGUUGAUGCAGCUGAUUGCGAGCAACACCAAGUGUGCGCCACUCUAGAAGUCAAAUUUCAGCGUCCUCCUCCAAAAUGCGACCCGAACACGGGCGUUCCAGAGCCGGAGAUGUGCUUCGAUGCAGACGCUUUGUGGUCAUAUCUGGAUGAUCUGAAGGGAAAGACAGACGUCGAGGUCGAGCGUCCUGAUCUUCUCCCAGAGUGCGAGUCGGAUACGGGCAGUUCGAGUCCAGGGACGUGCUCGCCACCCUCACGAAAUUUCUUUGAGGAAAGGUAUCGGGCAGCGGCAGACAUUGCUGGAGCACGAACACAGAGACCGUUGGUCGAUUGCGAUCAAGUCUGUGCUGACCGUACUGCUGAUCUGAUUUACAGCAUCGCUAGGUCCAAAUCAGAUUCUUGCAUACACAUCAUGAACACAAAGGACUCCUCAGCCUGGGAUGUCCUCUUCCGUCACCCGUGGAAUCCGCUGAGCACUGCAGAUGCGGAAGGUCAUCUGUGUGUAUGUAAAAUCGAGAUGGUGUUGCAGCGAGUGAUAACAGGACACCCGCUUCAGUCAGAUUCUGCGAGCACCUCUUCAGGCACUUCCUGGCCUUCGGCUUCUGUCUUCGAUUAUGGCUAUUGUAAAGUGCCAAGGGUAACAGACCGGGUCCUCAAUCCCGAUAAAGUGCUCCAGCAACAGUCAUGGUACCCUCAGGUUUCCUACACAGCCGAAAGUCCAGAUGACAUCUUGAAGGGUAAAGGUUGGAUUGCGAGUCGCGUCUUGCCACGUUUCAUUCAUGGUCUUGAUUGCGACGCAGAAUUUCAAGAUAUCUUUGCCGACAAAAAAACGAACAAACAGCCUGAUGGUCUUCGUCCUCCUCACUCGAGCAAGUGUACCAUCAAAUAUCACAGUGGAGGCGAAUCACAUUCAAGCUACACCGUCCUCUGCUGCGAAGGAGCCUUUAUGGCUCCGAUCAUGAAGCGGAUUGAGGUCUUGCAUUCGAAUGACUUAGGCGGUAGAUCUUUCAGCAAGGCUGACAAACAAGUGUGCAUGGAAAUUGGGACAUCUGACGUGACAGGAGACAUGAUCAUGGAGAAAUCUGAUUCGAAGUCACAGCUUCAGAAACUGUUACCAAUGGGCUUCAUGUAGCUCGAGAAGCAGAAAUUGUGGUAUCGCAGACGACAGGCUCAAUGCUACUUUUACUAGCUCGUCGUCAAACAUGUCAGCUGCAAAAAUUGAGAGCUCUAUGGAGAGGAUGGAAAGCCAGAACAAAUGAGAAUUACCUUGUAAGUCGAUAGUUUGAUUUGAUGUG